GCUAAGCAUUGACUUUAAGAGCUCUUGAGUGAGACCAGACUUUGUUUAGGGCAAGAAAAUCUGAAACCUCCUGUUCUGUAAUCCAAUUGUAUCUGCUGAUCUUCUCUUGUUCAUUAACUUGUUCCGUUCGUGUUUCUUUUUGCAAAUUUGCAUUCUCUAAUACCCAGAUGGAGGCAGAUUACCAAGGCUUCUGAAGAUUACAGGCUGCAUUUCUCUAUCAAAUCCAGUCUGAUUAGCUCAACGGCAUUCUUGACAUUGCCAAUCUCCACUCUCUUCAAACCCCAGGUGGUAAAAUAAAAUUGCUAAUCCUGUGUGAGUUCCCAAAUGUGAGCCAUUUACAUAUUUCAAGAUUCAAGAUUUGAAAAACUUUAUUGUCAUUCUAACCAUACAUCGGCUCUGCAGGGCAGAAUGAGACAGCGUUUCUCAGGGGCAGUGCAAUCAUAACAAACACAACACUAAAUAAUAAACAUAACAAUAAAUAGUAAAACACAACAGCCACAUGUCAGUUAAAAUCAAGUUAUAAGUGUCCAGUGCAAGUUAAAAGUGUCCAAAGCAGAGUCAGGUGGAGCAGCUAUUUAGCAGUCUGACUGCCUGUGGGAGGAAACUGUUUAGUAGCCUUGUGAUUUUAGUUUUGAUGCUCCUGUAACAUUUGCCUGACAGCAGGAGAACAAACAGUUCAUGGAGAGGGUGUGAGGGGUCUUUAAUGAUGUACCGUGUCUUCUGGAGGCAUCGACUCUGAAAGAGGUCUUGGACAGAAGGAAAUGGACUUAAACUAGAAAACUGGCUGUUGUUCUAGAUUAUGACCUCAACCAAGAGCAAUCGCUACCACCGUUUCUCUGGAGGUGUGACAAAUAUAUCCACUGCUGACAGUACAAGCAUUACAAGAAUGGAAACAACGUUUGGUCCAGCAUAUUCCACCGUCACCACCAUCACUAAAGCUGAUGGAACAAAUACUUUCAAGCAGCAUCGGAGGACUCCAUCUUCCUCGAGCACACUGGCGUAUUCACCCCGGGAUGAGGAUGAUGCAAUGCCUCCAAUCAGUACUCCGCGUCGGUCAGAUUCCGCCAUCUCUGUACGGUCCCUGCACUCGGAAUCGAGCAUGUCUCUCCGAUCUACGUUUUCCCUUCAUGAAGAGGAAGAUGAGCAGGAACUUCUGGUUUUUGCAGAACAGCCUUCGGUAAAAUUAUGUUGCCAACUUUGCUGCAGUGUGUUCAAAGAUCCUGUCAUCACGACAUGUGGACACACAUUUUGCAGAAGAUGCGCCUUAACAUCUGAAAAGUGCCCUGUUGACAAUGCAAAGCUGACAGUUGUAGUUAAUAACAUAGCUGUAGCUGAGCAGAUUGGAGAGUUGUUUGUGCACUGUAAGUAUGGCUGCAGGCCAGCUUCAAAUGGAAAGCCAGGGGCCUUCGAGGUUGACCCACGAGGAUGUCCAUUUACCGUCAAGUUGAGCGCUCGAAAAGAUCACGAGGGCAGCUGUGACUAUAGGCCAGUUCAUUGUCCGAACAAUCCCAACUGCCCACCGCUGUUGAAAAUGAAUCUUGAUUCCCAUCUUAAACAAUGUGAACACAUCAAAUGUCCCCACUCAAAAUAUGGGUGUGUGUUUGUGGGGAACCAGGACACCUACGAAGCCCACCUGGAGGUGUGCAAGUUUGAGGGACUGAAGGAGUUCUUGCAGCAGACGGAUGAUCGCUUUCACGAGAUGCAAGUUGGACUGGCUCAAAAGGAUCAGGAGAUCGCCUUCCUUAGGUCAAUGCUGGGGAAACUCUCUGAAAAACUUGACCAGCUGGAGAAGUCUCUGGAACUGAAAUUUGAUGUUUUGGAUGAAAACCAAAGUAAACUCAGCGAGGACUUAAUGGAGUUUCGCAGGGAUGCCUCAAUGCUAAGUGACGAGCUUUCACAUAUCAAUGCCAGAUUAAACAUGGGAAUCCUGGGUUCUUAUGACCCUCAGCAGAUAUUUAAGUGCAAGGGUACCUUCGUGGGUCACCAAGGACCAGUUUGGUGUUUGUGUGUUCACUCUACUGGCGACCUGCUCUUCAGUGGCUCCUCUGAUAAAACCAUUAAGGUAUGGGAUACCUGUACCACAUACAAAUGCCAGAAGACACUAGAGGGACACGAUGGUAUAGUCUUAGCCCUUUGCAUUCAAGGGAACAAGUUGUACAGUGGCUCUGCAGACUGCACAAUAAUUGUCUGGGACGUUCCAGCUUUACAAAAAGUGAAUACAAUUAGGGCACAUGACAAUCCAGUAUGUACGUUGGUAUCGUCACAAAACAUGCUUUUCAGUGGCUCACUUAAAGCAAUUAAGGUUUGGGACAUUGUAGGCACAGAUCUAAAUCUGAAGAAGGAACUCACUGGUUUGAAUCACUGGGUGCGUGCAUUGGUUGCUUCUCAAAACCACCUUUAUAGUGGAUCCUACCAAACCAUCAAGAUCUGGGACAUAAGAACUCUGGAAUGUGUGCACGUAUUACAGACCUCUGGAGGGAGUGUUUAUUCUAUUGCAGUUACUAAUCACCACAUUGUGUGUGGGACGUAUGAAAACCUCAUCCAUGUAUGGGACAUAGAAUCUAAAGAACAGGUUCGAACUCUGACUGGCCACGUUGGGACUGUAUACGCCUUGGCUGUGAUUUCAACACCAGAUCAGACUAAAGUCUUCAGUGCAUCCUAUGACCGAUCACUCAGAGUUUGGAGCAUGGAUAACAUGAUCUGUACACAGACCUUGCUCCGUCACCAGGGCAGUGUCACCGCACUAGCCGUCUCCAGAGGGCGUCUCUUCUCGGGGGCAGUGGACAGCACAGUUAAAGUGUGGACCUGUUAGGACCCAAGACUUUCUGAGUGGACUGCAACAUUCUGUGUGGCUUCACUUUCUGAUGUGAAUGUUGCUGGAACAAAGGCAAUGCCACCACUGGCUGGCGGCCACAAUGCAAUCUGUUCUAAGAUUGCUGCCCGAUCUGUUUUCAUCGUCUUACCAGCAUGUCGUGCUUUGUACAGAAAGGUGCUGCGUCCAGACCUACCAUGGGGAAUGUGACACGCUUGUAUUGCCGGCUCACUAGAAUUAACAACGCCCUUAAGGGACUGAUUGAAGGUGGUUUAGAAGCGUACAAAAUGGUCAAGGGUGUGCACUGUUUUCAGGCCUUCAUAAUUAUCACAGGGUUGAGAUUUCUGAGUGUAACUGUAUCGGUGCUUAUAGGUGUAGAAGCCUAAAAUCACCAUGUUUCAUGCCUGAUGGUUCAGGACCACUCUGCACGUUUGAACAUGAAAGUUGCUGGGAAGUAUUCUGCACCCCACUUCAAGUGUGAUCAGUUGAAGGCAGCUGCAAUCUGCAUUUGCCUUACCGUCCCUGCAUGUUAUGCCGUGCUGUCUGAAGUACAUCCCCACAGGAGCGCUACUUCGUGAGCCGCAGGCAGGGGGGAUCUUCAACCCACGUAUUAGCCAACCUUGAUUUGAUCCGUGUUUACUUUCACAAGAACAAUUUGUAUUAUAGCAAGCCAGGAAGAUCAUUGAAGCUGUGAUCCCUUUCCCUUCUUAAGACAAAUUGCCACGAAACAGCUGUAACGAGGUACGAUUUCUCCAUCACUGCUUCCUCACUUGGCAAAUCCAGUAUUCCAAAACUCAUCCCUUUUGCCAAUGUUUUAGCAGCUGGGACAUAUAGCGACAAUUUCACAUUGAAAGGAAUAUCUACUUGCUGCUACACGCUCACUUCUGUUUUAUAGUGAUUUUAUAAAAGAUCUUUACAUGAUUGCUGUAAGAAUGAAAUUAGCAAGGCUUUAAAGUCAGGCUGCCUGCAGCAAGCUUCACAAACAAUCAGUGUUGUGCAAUUAUUAAUUUUGACAACUCCAUAUGUGGAUUUUAAUAGGAUAAUUAGAUGUGAAUAGGAAAAUGGAAUUGUCUGAAGCUCCCAUUCUGCUUCUUUGCGAAACUGAAAAUCUACAAGGUUUUCCCUCCCCUCCCUUUAUUCUGGCUUCCUCGUCCUUCCUUUCCAGUCCCGAUGAAAGGUCUUGGCCUGAAACGUCGACUGUUCAUUUCUCUCCGUAGAUGCUGCCUGACCUGCUGAGUUCCCUCGGCAUUUCGUUAGGUCUUCCUCCCACUCGGCCUCCCUGCAAACUCAUUGAGUAAUGUACUGACCGAUGCAGUACAGAGCCACAGAACCUGGGAAAGGUUGGGUCAGCCGGGGUCACAGAGAUGUCUUCACCCCCCCACUCCCCCGCCACCCUAUAAAGCUGAAGUUUAUCCAAGGUUCCCACUAUAGAUUCAUACCCAGUGACCUUCAGUAUAAAUCUGUGUGGGUGGAUUUUAGGCUAAAUGCACUUGUUCAAGAGAUUAGACAUCUGGAUGCAAAGCUCACUAGUAUUUCAAUAAAGUCACUAACUUGAGAGAGGAUACAACCAAAAUUGUGGAAAAGGUUCCAUUUUCUUUUCCUGUUGAGAGAGGAUAUGACCAAAAUUGUAGAAAUGCCCCCUCCAUUGAGAGAGGAUACGACCAAAAGUAAAGAAAAGGUUCAAUUCCCACCCCCCCCCACCCCGAUUGAGAGAGGAUAUGAGCAGAAUUGUGGGAAAGGUUCCACUUUAUCCCCCAUGGACGCAGGCCAUUGGAAAUUACCAAAAAAAACUUUAUGCAAUGUCCACAAGGCAGUGGCUUUAUUCCACUCAGGAUAGCCCUGGAACUGAAGUACAAUGUGCCUUCAGUCUUCCCGAACAAACUUUGCCUUUUUGAGCACUCGAAACCUUUGCUGUUUACCGUUGGAAUGCAUGCACGUGGGUUUCCUCUGGGUGCUCCAGAUUCCCCCCACAGUCCAACGUUGGUUAAUUGGUCAUUGUAAAUGUCCUGUGAUUAGGCGAGGGUUAAAUAGGUGGGUUGCUGGGUGGUGCGGCGUGGUGGGCUGGAACAGUCUGUUGCAUGCUGUAUCUGUAAAUAAUAUAAACAAAUUCAGUUUACUAAUAGUAAAUCUGUACAGACUUGGUGAUCCUUAAAUACAAUAUAACACCAUCCGUUUAAAUCUUCAUUUUCCUGACAUGGGACAUGAUUUCGUUAUUUACCUUUAAUAUUAUUUAGAGAUACAGUGUGAAACAGGUCCUUCCAGCCCAACAAGCUGUACUGCCUAUUAAACCCUAGCCCAAUCACGGGACAAUCUACAAUCACCAAUUAACCUACUAUCUGAUAGACUUUACACUGUGGGAGGAAACCGGAUCACCCGGAGGAAACCCACGCGGUUCAUGGGAAGGAAAGUACAAACUCCUUACAGAGGAUGCCAGAAUCAAAGUCUGAACUCCAGCACAGUUGUAAUAGUGCAGUGCUAACAACACUAUUUAAAAACUAUAAACAUACCCAGUCCAGAAAUUAACCAAUUCUAUUUGUUCAGCUGCUCUCUGUUAAUGUGCAAAUCUAAAUUGUUGGCUUCUGGGAGUUUGAAUAAGGCUGAUGUACAUAGAUUUACCCAAGAAAGGAUCCACUUGCUACAAAUGUAGUAUAUAUUUGACUAUAUCUAAUAUCUCAAUAGGAAUCAAUUAUACAAGUAUUCUGUAGGUAUCAUGUGAUUUGAGAUUGUGAAUGAAAAUCGAUAUUCAAUAACAAAAUGAUGGCUCUGGUAUUGAAUGAGUGUUAACUGUAUACAUGAGAAUUACAGGUAGAUAUUUGUAGUUUACAACACAAGCAUGCACAGAGCGGCCACGUUAUUAGGUACAGCUGGGAAUCCAGUAUGGUGUUCGCUGCUCUAGCCCAUCCACUUCAAGAUUGGACAUGUUGUGCGUUCAGAGAUGCUUUUCUACACACCAUUGUUGUAACACAUGGUUUUUUGUGUUACUGUCACCUUGAACCAGUAUGGCCAUUCUCUUUGGACCUCUCUCAUUAACACCGCCUUUUUGCCCACAGAACUGCCACUCACUAGAUUUUUUUUUAUCUUUCACACCAUUUUCUGUAAACUCUAGAGACUGUUGUACAUGAAAACCCCAGGGGAUCAGCAGUUUCUGAGAUACUCAAACCACCCCAUCUGGCACCAACUGUCAUUCCACAGUCAAAGUUGCAUAGAUCACAUUCCUUAUUCUGAUGUUUGGUCUGGACCACUAAACUUCUUGACCAUGUCUGCAUGCUUUUUUGUAUUGAAUUUAAAGUUCAAAGUAAAUUUAUUAUCGAAGUAUGCGUACCAUAUACAACCUUGAGAUUGAUCUUCUUGCAGGCAGCCACAAAACAAAGAAACACAAUAGAACCCACAAACAAAUAAUACACACAUCAAAGGUCAUCCAAUGCCCAAUUUGCAAAAGAAGAACAAAUCAUGCAAGUGAUUUUAAAAAGGUAACCAAAUAGUAUGCAGAACAUAUACUGGAGAGCACGGGCACGGAGCCAGUUCAGUGCUGAGGCGAGUGCCGAUUUGGCCACAUGAUAGGCUGAUUAGAUAUUUGUAUUAAUGAGCAGGUGUACCUAAUAAAGUGGCCACUGGGUGUGUGUUUCACACAGUGAUUGAAAAAUAUCCACAGUGAGAGUAUUUGGUUGAAAUUAGCCUAUUUAAAACAUUUUUUUCUAAUGAGAUAAGUGCCUAAUUUUUAGAGUCCAUCUGUACCUGCAUUUAGCUCGUAAACACCAGUCACUGCAUUAGUCAUUCUGAAUCUACCUGUUGAGUGAACAGGGACACAGUGAGAAGUUCUCCUAUGGACUAUUUCGAAAAUGCGCUCUAUUUGAGAGGAGUGGUCAGUUGAUUUCCCCAUUUAAUUGUGUUGAAUGUACAGGGUAACCACCAGUCCAAACCAUAUUACUGUAUGUGGUUGCACCAAUGUUCUGCAAGGAUGUUGCAACUUGGUUGGUGCUGCACUUAUUGAAGAAGGGCUGGUUUCAUGUAGCUUCUCAAAUUCUGCAUUGCAUGCAUAUACACAUGUUUAGCAUGGAUGUAUUUUAUAUUAAAACAGAGAACGUCUGUUUUAAAUGCCUAUUUUUAAAAUCUUCAAUGUUUUAAAGAAUGACCAGUUGGAAAAACUGCAAUGAAAAGCAAAGCGGAAAAGGGGCCGUGCAUUUUGCAUGCCUCAUCUUGUUUUGUAGAACUAUCCAGAAAUGCCUUAUUUGGUUUAUUUUCAAGAGUUCAGUACUUGAAAGCCAGCAGAGUCUUAGCCCUGAGAAAAGUGGUUUGAUCUGCUGUUUUAUUUGGGACAGAUACUAUUGAAACUUCAAUGUAAAUUGUUGCCAACCGCAUACCUGAUCAAGACAUGGGCUUCAAUUUGCUGUUCCUAUCCACUCUGAUUCACUCUUCCACGGUCACCAUUUUACCACAGAGCAGCUCUGUCCAAGCAAGACAGUGUGGCCGAUCAGCGAUGCAUUAAUCAAGGUGCCAAUAUAAUCUGUGUACAGGACCCCUGUCUGCUGGACAUGAGGCCAAGCCUCUGUCAGCCACUUCUGUUCGUCUGUUUCUCUGCCUCCUCAAGCAUGGUCUGGUACCCAACUAACCUAAAGAAGUAACCAAAGCUCCUUUCAGCCAUUUUGCACCGAUAUUGUGUUGAAAAGAUUGUGAAACUGAUGUGUUAUGUGACUGUAGAUUUUUAUUAUUUUGUUAAAAGUAUUUACAAUAAUAAAUCAUCCUCUCUACUCCGUGUGUUUAAAGUUCAAAAGUUCAAAGUAAAUUUAUUA